GAUAUAGACAUCGUUCGACUCUGCCUGCAGCUGACAAGGACUUUCUGAUAACUCAUUAACUUUAAUUACAAGUUCCUUUUGGCCAACAUGCAGAAAUAUUUCAUCGCUGUGAUGGUGCUGGUGGCCGCUGUGGCUUCAUCCGACUCAAUCGGCAAGGUUGUCGAUUCGACAGCAGGAUCGAAAUCUCCUGUGAAUUACCGGAUCAAUUCGUCCCGAUUCCGCCGUCAAGAUUCGCCUUCCACCACGUCGACCGUUGAUGUUCCCGUCAUCGACGCCGCCGCUAUUCAAUCGACGUCUGUCAAAAGCGUUCAGACGUCUGAAAAUGGAAUCGAAACAUCGGCGGCGACAACGCCACUGACCAGACAGGGAGGACUUCCGAUUCCGCUUCCGUUUUCUCCGCACUGCAUCCACAACAACAACUGCGCCUUCAUCGGCCUGGAGCUCUACAUCAUCAUCAACAUCCUGGACCCGUUCACGUGCGGAAACAUCCUCUGCGCCGGCGACACCCAGUGCACCCAUUUCACUCACGACCCGCACCGCAACGGAGGCACCUGCACCCUGCACAAAGCCCCCGGAUCGACUGGCGGCUGGUCGACUCCGACUCCGCACAACAGUGGCAUCACCUGCGGGCACAUCCCCAAACGAUCCUGCGGUGCCGGAUCGCUCCUGUCGCUCUGCCUCGGCUUGGAUCUGGGCAUCCUCUAAAAGCUGCUGCCGCUCGACCAGAAAAUGUUUCCAAAUUAUUUUGGGUCCCCGUGUAUUCUCGGUUAAUUGGGCUGGAUAUUCAAUCAAUAAUUAAAUGGCAAUAGAUCAUGAUAUAUAAAUAA